UCCAGGGUCAGAGUCGGUUUCCAGUGAGGCGAGAAAUCUGACCAGUGUGUCAUCGACCGACUCAAUCCGCCGCCGCGUUUUUAAUCAAAAUUCUUGUUAAAACUAAAAUGAAAUAUCUGCUAAGCCGCAUCUAGCUCUCUAUCUCCUUAGCACAUGGCGUUUCAGAUGAGUUCUUCCCUGCUCAUAGUCCUCUUCGUCUCGGCUUUGCCUUUACUGUGCUUAUCUUCUUCAUCGAACAAUUUGUUUUCUCUGUUCGUGGAGAAUCCAGAACAUGUCAUCAAAUCAAGAAAUGGCAAUUUCACUGCUGGGUUCUAUGACGUGGGUGAGAAUGCUUUUGUGUUUGCUAUCUGGUUCACUGAACCUGGAGGCCAAAACUUGACAGUCAUUUGGAUGGCGAAUCGUGAUGUAUUGGUGAAUGGAAAGGGCUCAACGCUCACCCUUCGUAGCAAUGGAAAUCUGGUGUUGAAUGAUGCAGGUCAGGUAGAUGUUUGGUCCACGAACACAACUUCCUUGACACCUCCACAAUUCAUUUUGAAAGAUGAUGGUAAUCUCAUUCUCCUUGAAGAUCCUAAUCAUGUUGUGUGGCAAAGUUUUGAUUUUCCGACAGAUACACUUGUCCCUGGACAGAGGCUUACUAGACAUGCCAGCCUUGUCUCCUCCAAAAGUCAGACUAACCCCUCUUCUGGUUUUCACAAGUUAUUUUUUGAUAACGAUAAUGUUCUUCGACUUGUCUACGAUGGACCUAAGCUUUCGAGUAUUUACUGGCCACCUCCCUGGUUUCAACCAUGGCAAGUUGGUAGAUCCGCCUUCAAUGCAAGUCGAUUUGUAUUUCUCAAUUUGGAUGGUUGCAACGUUCAUGGCAUUUGUGGAGAAAAUAGUUUCUGUAAAUAUGAACCUUUUACCGGUCGAACAUGCUUAUGUCUUCCAGGUUACAAGUUGAAAGACGAAAGCGACUCGUCACUUGGGUGUCAACCAGAGUUCAAUUUGUCUUGCAAUCCAGAGGAUUCUGGCUUUCUACAUAUACCAAAUGGUGAUUUCUACGGGUAUGACCAAGGGACUUACCUUAAUGUUACAUUUGAUGAAUGUAAGAAGGAAUGUUUGAAGUUAUGUAACUGCAAAGGUUUUCAAUAUUCACAUGAUGGUUCCCAAUUUAAAUGUUACCCAAAGACCCUUUUGGUGAACGGCAAUCUUUCUCCUGCUUUCCUUGGAGGUUUUCACGUGAGACUCCCUAUUUCGAGCUCAUUCACUCUCCAGGAACCCGAUAUCAAAUGUGAAAUUGUUAAGCCGAUAAAGCUUGAGAGAGUCUAUGUCUCAAGGCAUGAUAGUGUUUUUGUGAAGGUGUUAUUGUGGCUAGUGUUAGCAAUUGGAGUCUUUGAACUUGCAUGCAUUUUUCUCUUCUGGUGUCUAACAUGGAAAAAGUCUAGCAAGAAGCAACCUUAUGAUCAUCUUACUGGUACUGGGUUUAGAAAAUAUAGCUACUAUGAGUUGAAGGAAGCAACUAGAGGUUUCAGUGAAGAGAUUGGAAGGGGUGCUGGAGGAAUUGUGUACAAAGGUGUGCUCAAAGAUGGACGAGUUGCUGCAAUCAAGAGACUGAAUGAAGCAAAUCAAAUAGAAAGCGAAUUUCUUGCAGAAGUCAACUUAAUAGGAAGGCUUAAUCACAUGAAUUUGAUCGAUAUGUGGGGGUACAGUGCAGAAGGAAGGUAUAGAAUGUUGGUAUAUGAAUACAUGGAAAACGGCUCUUUAGCAGAAAACCUUGAACCCAACAAGUCACUUGAUUGGAGAAAGAGAUAUGAAAUCGCUCUAGGAACAGCAAGAGGACUUGCAUAUCUUCACGAAGAGUGCUUGGAGUGGGUUCUGCAUUGUGACAUAAAACCUCAAAACAUACUCUUGGGUUCAGAUUAUAAGCCCAAGGUUGCAGAUUUUGGACUGUCAAAGCUGCAAAACAGAAACGACCUCAACAAUCCAAGCUUCUCAAGGAUCAGAGGAACAAGGGGUUAUAUGGCACCAGAGUGGGUUUUCAAUCUACCAAUAACAUCCAAGGUUGAUGUCUACAGCUAUGGAAUUGUGGUGUUAGAGAUGAUAACAGGAAAAAGCUUGAGGGUUGAUGGACCAUAUCACUCGCAUCAGGGGAGGCUAAUGACAUGGGUAAGGGAGGAGAAGAACAAAGGAGACGGAAUGGUAUCAUGGGUGGAACGAAUUGUGGAUCCAACAGUUGCGGGAAGCUUUGACAUGAAGACGAUGGAGGUUUUAGUUACAGUAGCAUUACAAUGUGUUGUGGAAGACACAGAUGCAAGACCUUCAAUGAGCCGCAUAGUGGAGAUACUUCAAAGUCAUGAGAUUGAGUGUGAAUAAAAUGUACAUAA